AUGGAGUUACCACGAGACUCGACCCAAUAUCUAUUACCGCGCGAUAGCACCAGUCGGCCAUCGUCACCCUCGACUCUUACGGAACACGAAGACGAUCAAAUUUCAACAUCUGCCCAGGAUGCACCUCUGGAACACGGCCAACAUGAGUUCGCCGCAACAGCGACUGACAACCUACUGCGAAAGAAGACUGGCGAGAUGAGGAUUGAACCGCUCGAAAUACUACCCAGCCCGAGGGUCUCGACGGGCGAAAAGAUUCUCCCUAGCAUCAUCCUCGUCACCUUCAUCGCCAUUAGCGCUCUGUCCAUCGCAUUCUGGCUGGUAGACCAUGUCAGACGCAGGCUCGGUGGAGACUUUAUUGCUGCCAAGGUCAUGGGCGGCCGAUUCAGCUCGACCUGGGCAAAGCUAGUUGAUGCCGCUGCCUCUAUCAUCCUAGCACCAGCGCUUCUCGCCUUCGCAAAUUGGCACAUAUUCAGGCUCACUCGCUUGUGCGCCGUCGACGAACGUCCCCUGAACAACAGGGCCGUCAGCUUGAAGGCUCUCGCCGAGGUUGCCCAGACUAAUUGGGGAUCAUAUAGCCCCUUCAAGCAUUGCACCUUCAUCAAGUCGCGAGAUCCCCAGCUUAUUUGCUUGGCUUUGAUUACCGCCCUCUCCGCCCUGAGCUUCUCCCUUCUUUCCAACGUUGUGGCUUAUGAAGCUAAGGAUUUUGCAAUACUUGACGCCACGAAAGAACUUGAAUUUUUGGAUCAGACACCUGGGUGGCACUUGAUAGCGGAUGCCUAUGGAGGCAACCUGUACGAGAUGGUAACGCUUCCUAGUAUGACAGAUCAACAGGAGGAUGAACUCAAAGGGCAAGUGAGGAAGCUGCUAUGGGAGAUUGGGGAGAACCCACCACAGUCGUUCUCGCAAGGUGUGGAUUAUCUCAACAUAUCGCAGAGAGCACAAGGUCAGAUGCCAAAGGUGCGAAGAAUCCUCGAUGUUCCGACCGUUCGAGUUACAGCGUCUUGUACUCCAUCCACUAUCGACGAUGUCAAACUUAGCGUCAAGACUAUUGUUGGCACUGUAAGGGAGGUGACUAUAGAUCUAUCAACAAACUCAGCUACGAACAGCUCUAAGAUGGUUUCUAUGAAGGCGUUCAGCCACUCAGCAUUUAUCAAUGCUAACUGGGAAACUCCUUCUGCCUCGGAUAUCGUCUCAGAGGAAACAGUAUCACCUCUCGUAGCCUUCAAAAGCGGAGAAGGCUCCCGCGAGUUUUGGGUUGGAGGUUUUUGGGCCUCCCAGGGGCGAGACUCCGGCGCGACAUGCAGAACGAGGACAUACGGUGAUCUUGAGGUAUUUAACUUUGACAAAUCAACCUACCUAGCAAAAAAUACCGAAGACGACUCAGAUGAGAAGGAAGAAACACAGGCGUCUGGCGACUGGUCAUUCUGCGGCGUAUCCUGCGUCCUGAGAUCCCAGUUGGACGAGGCAGUCGUGGAUCCGAAGACCUGGUCGACCAAGAACGCGGACUUUAGCGGUGUUCCUGCACAGGAUCUUCACGGACCCCUCAUGCUCAAGGAUUUGCAGUAUCUAGGAAUCUUUGAUUCACUCGGGUUUAAUGGCCUAUCCGGGCUGGGACCAGUUUCUUUCAAAAUCUUGGUUGAAUCUGGCGCCAUGAAACCUGAGUCCUACUGGAGCCAGAUUGACUCGUUCGUCGAUACCACGGUCUGGUUCGAAGUUCAGGCGAGAGAAGCUGCAUUCAACUUGGUGCAAGAAAAACGAGACAAGGACCUUGUAUAUGCAGUCAGAACUGAAAAAGAUGGACAGCAACUUUACGCCAUUACGUUUGUACCGUGGAUCAUCCUUUCUGGUCUUUUCGCACUUGGCACUGCGAGCCUCCUAACCGUCGUACUAACUAUCGGUUCGUCACGACUUUCAUUCCGUAACGGAAGGAUACUUGAUCCGAUCAAGCUUACGAUGGAUGUUGGAGCAAUUGUUGACAACGACGUGUUUGAGCAGUUGACUGAGUGCAAUGGGGAGAAAAUAGAUGCUUGGGCGGAAAAGACAAAGCUGUGGUAUGAGGUUGUACCGCCAAAAGUGGUAGAUACGGAGACAGCCACUGGUGGCCAUGGUGUAUUAAGAUUACAGUUGGCGUAG